CCCGCGAUUCCCUCCCCAGCUUCUCGAUUCUGCAGGCUUGAACCCCGUUUAUCAGUCCAGUCACCUUUCCCAGUGGCCGUCGACGCAUUGCUACCACCUAGAUAUGCGGUGACCGACUAGUAGCUGUUCGAAGCAACCUGGUCCGCAAUGGACGCCUACCCCCAAGAUUAUGUCGCCCACAAUCUCCCCUUCAUCCUGCUUUCGGGUCUCGAACAGGAUACCAGCGACGACUCAAAGAAGGAAUGGGACAAUUAUCCUCUUCUUAAAGAGAAGGGGUUCAAGAUAGAGUCGGAUUUCCCACCCUUGGACGAGUCUGCUGCGGAGGAGCUGCGGAGCGUAUUCCUCGGCCUAGAUGCCUCGCGAGCCCCCUGGGACCCCCGAGAUGAUGCCGUUUCGGAAGACUCUGGUAUAGAAUUUAAAAUCAAGUCUGUUGGGAGGAAUUAUAGACUGCCACCGCGCAAGGCUGAUCCUCCUCCUGCGUCCCCCCCAACAAGUCCAACAGCGGGUGGUGACAAUGAAAUUCCCCAUGGAUCGCCUGUCGUCCUUCACUCGCCGAUAUCCCCCCUAACCCCGAGCUCUCCGACAUUCCCUGACGGGUUGAUGUCACCUCUAUGGGUUACAAAACACCAGGACCUGGUUCCCGCCGCGGUUAUAAAUUUCUUUCCCUUUUGCUUGGACUCGAACAUGAGCUCUCUGCGUGACAAUCAACUAAAAAUCGAAAUCAAUGGGCUGAAGAAGGAAUGGGCCUCGUCUGGCUACAAAACUCGCUUCAUUGUCAUCCUUCUGUCGGAAGAGAGCACCGAGGAAGAGUUUGGAGAUGCCGAUGACCGGGUAUUAAGCAUUCGCAGGGCAACGAAUCUGGACCAGAAAUCAAUAUUUCUUCUCCCCGCGGACGUAACACCGGAAGAGCUGAAAGAGUUUACCACCUCCUUAUUGUCUCUCCUGCAGCCAUUGCUGAUCGAAUACUACCGGGAUUUGUCCAAGCAUGCUAGGCGAAAACGAAACAGAAGCACGAUCCCCCCUCCAACGGCGCCGCCAACAAGCGGCACUUCCCAAACGCUGUCGCUCCAGGGGUGGAAUACUCGAUAUGAAUUCAAGCUAGGGAUCUUGGCUGAGUUCCGGCGAGAGAUAGAUGCUGCUCUUAAAAACUACGAGAGUGCGUAUGAAACACUCUUUGGACAGGAGGUGUUUGAGAACAUUGCCGGCUGGGACCCGAGAUUCAACGACGCCCGAUUGUUGGCGGACGCUCUCGCAAUUCGGAUUAUUCGCUGCUUACUACAUACCGGACACACUACGACGGCGGUGAGAUCAUGGGUGAAUCACCGUUCUCGUUUGCAAGAUAUCAUCAAUAGACGAGGGAAAGGCACUCGGAAUUAUGGUUGGGAAGCUUGGGAGGCUAGAUGGUCGAUGGUCAUGGCUCAACUCAUUCAUCAAGCCAAGAUACCUCAAUUCAUGACGGUGGGAAUUCCGCAAGAUCAAUUUAAAGAGCAAACCCCGAUUUUUGUGCCUCGCGAGAGGAUCUACCCACCGGGGGACGAUAUUAUGCCAUGGGAACAACUGCAUCAUGAGGGCUACUGGCUAUAUCGAUCGGCAAAACAUACCAUGCAGCGACGAGCUUUGGCGGAACAGAUUCCGGCAGAGGAUCGGGUCCCCCCAGGACAGUCACCAGCAUCUCAGAUAGCAAGCAAAGCGUACCUCUACGACACGUAUCUUGUCCCAGAAACGCAUGUCGAGGCCCCCCAAGCAGGAACCGCGGGCGUUGACCAUUCGCUAUUGAUCUUGGGUGCUCUCCAGGCUGCCUUGGCGGAGUUUUCGAAGCGGGACCAAAUCAGGAAAGUAGAGAGUAUCAGCUUGGAGAUGGCAGAAGAAUAUAUGCGCAUUGGUUCUUGGGCAGAGGCCUAUGGGAUUCUCCGGCCACUCUGGCCCACACUCACUUGGCGCCGCUCGGGGUGGUGGCAGCUCAUGGUAAAGUUCGGCUGGGCCCUGCGGGAGUGUGCUGUACGGACCAAGGAUAGUGACACAAUUUUACGAGUGGACUGGGAACUGCUUAAUUGGGCUUUCCCUGCCAGACCCGAGUGGCAUUACGAUAUCCACCAGAGCCUCCGAGAUCUUCCCCUUGUAAAGCCAAAGCCAUCGAUUGUGAUAAAAGCAGAGGACAUCAUAUCGAGCAUCACCGCAUCGUUCAUCUUUCAGAGCGCUGAAGGGAAUGUUGGAGAGCCUCUACAUGGCCAGCUUGUGAUCAAGUCCUGCACCCAUGCCACCUCAGCCCCCAUCCAAUUUGCAGAAUUAAAACUGGCGUUUGAAGGGUGCCUUCGUCCCAUCAGAUUACAAUCGGAUCAAAACACAGACGCAGACACAGGGACUCCUUGCGUCAUAUCGUCACCCCCAUUGCGCGACCCAAGUAUAUUAUCUGACGCCUCAGUUAUCCAGUCGCCCACGAGUGUCUUAACUGCAUUAACAGGAAUCGCUGACUUGACUCUCGGACCCGGUCAAACCAAGGUGUAUAACCUGUCGUGUAUUCCCCGGGAGGCAGGGGAGUCCCGGGUGGCCUCGGUGGCUCUGCUCGUGGCGGAAGAGAAAUUUGAGCUGACAUGUGCCAUCACCGAUCUAGUGCAAGCAGAGGCAUUCUGGUGGCAGCAGACCUCGAAGGCUGCCACCACUCGUAGGAGGGUUGGUAAGGACCGUGAUGUGAACCGGUGUAAAAUCUUACCUAAGCCACCGAAGAUCCGAAUGAGCGUCCCCAAUAUCAAAGAGACCUAUUAUACGAACGAACGAAUUGUUCUCAAUCUCAUGAUCCAUAACGAAGAAGACGAGGCAGCUGAAGUCUUUGCCGAAGCGAGGCUAUUCGGUCCCGCUAAUUCGACUGCUAAAAUUCUUUGGCUCGAUGAGGAGGAUUCACCACCUGCCCGCCACGAUUCGAAGGCUAAUAAUACUCCGAUCGAAGAAGUAUCUCACUUUGUGAAAAGACCAAUUGGGGUUAUGGAAAGCGCUUCCCAGCGGGAAUUAACGGUUGUUCUGACCAACACGGAGGACGCUUCUGAGUAUGAGCUCGAAAUAUCUUCGGUAUACAAUCUCGUGUCUGAUGUCCAAACCCCGAUCAUCGCGACUACCCGAGUGACUGUGUCCAUUGUCCGUCCGUUCGAGGCCAAUUAUGAAUUUCUUCCUCGCCUCCACUCCGAGCCAUGGCCGGAUUUCUUCACAGUCGACGAUGAUUUGGUUGGAUCGCACCCGAACUCAACCCCCCGAGGGGGGCUGGUGCAAAAAUGGUGCCUCGAUACGAAAGUUGUUUCGUUCGCCAGUGAGCCCUUGGUCAUUGAAGAGAUGUCCCUUGCCCUUCUGAACCUCCAUAGUGGGGCUAUCUCCCAGAUAGGGAGCGAAGUAGUCGUCAGUCCGGAAACACCGGAGAUCCGACCUGAAGAGCUUCGCCAGUCCAAUUUCAUCUUGGACAUCCAGAAGGCCGUCCUCGGUGACCGGCGACCUACUGCGCUCAAUCUCGCCCUUGAGAUCAAAUGGCGACGAAGCAUCAGUGGGGACGGCCAUUCGCCGGCGGAGACUACGACAAGUACCCUUGCGAUACCCCGGUUCGUCAUGCCGGCGGGCGAGCCCCGGGUGCUUGCCUCCGCCGUUCCCUCUCACAAGCUGUCGGGCUUGAUCCAUACCGAGUACACUCUGGAAAACCCCUCGCUACAUUUCCUCACCUUUAACUUGACCAUGGAGGCUAGUGAACAAUUCGCGUUUAGUGGGCCCAAGACUACAGUUGUCCAACUGGCUCCGCUGAGCCGACAUGUUGUACGGUAUAACUUAUUGGCCUCUAAACGAGGGUUGUGGAUCCAGCCACAGCUCCUUGUGGUGGAUACGUACUUCAACAAGACUCUCCGAGUACUCCCCACGGAGGAUAUGCGCUCUGACAAGAAGGGAAUUCUGAUAUGGGUUGAUGCUGACGACUAGACGAUGCAUCAAGCAGGGUGGGUGGUGCUUGAUGAUUUCACUUCUUUUGCUAUAUUUGAUGUUUGUUAUUGUGACGAAAUAUAUGAACAAUCGAAUACCAACCCGCAUCUCU